AUGCGAAACGACAGUGGCAGUAGAAACAGCGACAGCGAAGAGCGAGACCAUCUCACACCAGCUCAAGCCCGACGAAAAGCCCAGAAUCGAGCCGCCCAACGUGCCUUCCGCGACCGCAAAGAACGCCACGUCCGCGACCUAGAAGCCAAAGUCGAGCACCUCUCCACCACAGCCGCAACCCUGCAAUCCGACAACGAGCGCCUCAAACUCGUCCUGCAAAACACUCAAACCGAGAACCGCGUCCUUCGAGCCACAUCGGGUAUGCCAUCUCUCCCGAGCAAUCUUCACAACGAACAUGUCGAUCGCACGAGAAUACAUCGUUCGACGAGCGAUCUGCCUUUUCAUCCACAUCGUGCCCCAGGGCCGACUUCGGCUGCACGGGGGGAACAGAUGAGUCAGGGUUAUUUUAUGACUGCUGGCGAGGCGUGGGAGUUACUGCAGUCUCAUCCGAUGUAUUUGAGUGGUGGGUUGGAUGUUAAGGAGGUUUCGAAGAGGUUGAAGAGGAAGGCGAGGUUGCAGGGAGGCGAGCCGGUGUUUCUCGAGGAGGAUGUGGUGGGGUUGAUUGAGGAGGUGGGGAUGGGAAGCGGGUUGGCGUGA